UUGCCGUUGGUGUAGAGGGGCGGGGGCAUAUUACUGCAGUCCAUACGUCAUCUGUAAACAGGAAGUCGUCUGCUCGAUUUCAGAGUUGAGCAGAGUGAGCCAUGGGUAAAAGCUGUAAGGUGGUCGUGUGUGGCCAAGGUGGAGUUGGUAAAACGGCAGUUUUGGAGCAACUACUGUAUGCCAACCAUGUCGCAGGUUCAGAGCCCAUGGAGACUCUGGAGGACAUCUACAUCGGCUCCAUCGAGACUGAUCGUGGAACUCGUGAGCAGGUGCGCUUCUAUGACACCCGUGGUCUCAGAGACGGGAUGGAGUUUCCCCGACACUACUACACUUUUGCAGAUGGCUUUGUUCUUGUUUACAGCGUUGAUAGCAAAGAGUCCUUUAAGCGAAUGGAGGCACUCAAAAAGGACAUAGACCGUCACAGGGACAAGAAAGAGGUGACCAUUGUUGUGCUGGGUAACAAGCUGGACAAGCAGGAUGAAAGAAGAGUGGACUCUAACUACGCCCAGAACUGGGCGAAGAACGAGAAGGUCCGUCUGUGGGAGGUGUCGGUGGUCGACCGGCGCACACUUAUUGAACCCUUUGUCUACCUGGCCAGCAAAAUGACCCAGCCACAGAGCAAGUCCACCUUCCCUCUCAGUCGUAACAAGAACAAGGGAAGUGGUUCAACGGACAGUUAACUGACCAAAUGCUGUCAUAACAUUUAGUGGGGAGGAAAAAGGGAGAAAGAGUGUUACAGGGAAUCACGUUUUAAUAAAGAAGCAGAUAUGUUAUCAUGAAGGACUGUGAUGAGAAAAAAGGCAGAAUGAAUGUAUGGAUAUGUAUAUACAGUGAGCACUGUUAGUAUAACAUCCAUAUUUUAUGUUCUGGUGAAUUGCUUACUACUUUAAAUGGAGAUUUCUUGAUUUUAAUGUGCCAUAUUAGCGACAAAAUUCACAAUCACAUGGUGUUUUUGUUACCUCCACUUUCUUUGGUCACACUGUUCAUCCAGACUUACUGUAUAUCAUGUAUUUCUUCUUCUUCUCCUGACAAUCAACAUUUGAUCUCCGUUCAUACAGUACAGAGUUUUAAGCUUAAGAGUUGUUUUUGCUCACUGUUUAGAUACAUUGGGACCACAUUUGCACACACACAGACUGAAUCAUUGGUUUCAAAUCUUAUGUAAAUCUUAUAUCACACAAAUGCCGAAUUAUUAUUAUUAUUAGUUAUUUGUUGGGGGUCUGGAGAUUUGUUACAGUCAACACAGUAUAUGUAUACUAUAUAUGUACUCAUUGUUGGAUGUUGUAGUGUGGAUGUUUGGCAUUCCUUACAUUCCUUGUGGCCUUCUGUACAGAUUUUGAUGUUGUAAUAUGGGAUAAAAAUAUGUUCAGAUGAAAGGCAGUUUCUGCAGGCUCAGGUGCGACUUUCUCUUCUUGCUUGUAAAAACCUGGGGGCACAGUAUAAUUAAUAACAUGUCACAUGUCACACAUUAUCUGUUACUGUCACUGCUGAAGUCAAAGUGGGUCAUUUUAAACUAAACUAUGAAAUAAAACCCACAGGAACACGUCAGACGCUCACUGACCUGUGCAUUCCAGGUGUGACAUGAGGUCAAGCAUGUGCAACUUUUCAUAAUCAUUCUACUGAAAAUGGAAAAUGUGUUGCUUAUAAUGUUAUGUUUGUGCCACAUUCUAUUAACACCACGUUUCAUUGUUGUUUUUUUGGUUGAAUAUCGAGCAAUGGAUUUUAAUAUCCUUAAAAUGUGUUCACUUGAUGUUUGUUUGCAUGUUUCGUGAACAAAUAAUAAUAAAAGAAAAUCUUGCGCCUAA